GAAUGGUGUUUGGAUGCGGACUUUGCUUGGUGUGAUGUACAGGGCCUACUUCCCAUUUGGGACCGUACAGCAACCCGAUGUCCCCCACUGUGCCUGCAGUUGGUGGCUGAGUUGCUGCCCUCCCCCCGGCCCCUAUUGGCAGCAGCCCUGCUGGCUGCGUGGUGGGAUGUGGAUGUGGCCACACUUGGCCUCGUUUCCUCCACCUGCUGUGAUGGGAGAUGAAGGGCUUCGUGUUGAGGCUGUGGCAGCCGACAGUGCAGCCCUGCAGCCCAGAGGUGUCACUGUGCCGCCAUCGCGGUGCCGUCCGUGGGGAGGUGCUGGUUCUCCCUGCCCUGCUCCAGCUCAUCGCGCUGGCUGUGAUGGAACCUGCUCUGAUGUGAAUCCGAUGGGCUCCCCGCUCCAUCUCCGUUCCUUUCCCAUCCCCAUCCCUGCUCCAACCCCAUCCUCGCUCCAUCCUUCCCUUCUACAUUCCUGCCCCUUUCCCAUCUCCAUCCCCUUCCCACCCCAAGGCUGAUCCAACCCCAGCUCUGUUUCUUCCCCAUCACACCUGCAUCCCCAUCUCCUUUCCUGCCCCAUCCCCACCCCUGCUCCUUUCCCUGCCCCAUCCCAACCGCUGCUCCAUCCCCAUUCCUUCCCUCUCCCCAUCUCCAUCCCUUCUCUUUCCCCAUCCCAUUUCUUCCACCAACUUCAGAGUCUCAUACGAUCACUAAGAUAUCCCGGCCCCAACAACACUCAGGGGAGGCUGUAACCCCCUCACCCCCCUCCCCGGUUCCGGCUCUGAGCGUGGGGGCUCGCAGCCCCCCGGGAAACCUUUAGGGGCCGCCCAAAGGAGGCGUCUCCCACCUCCAACCCUCCCCUCCUCCCCCUUCUCCAUCCUUACUCCCCCUCCAUCCCUUUCCCCACCCGGCUCCGGGUCCCGGUGAACGACACCGAUGGGAAGCGGAGCGGUGGUGGCCGCCUCCCCCUCCCCUCACCGCGGCCUCGGGGCCUCCUGAGCCCGACGGCGGCGAUGAAGCGGAGGAGAUGGAGAAGCUGGCGGCGGGGCUGGCCCGGCUCCGCUGGAACCCCGCGGCUCUGCCCCUGGAUGCCAUCGUCAGCAAGUGCCGGCUGCCCACGUUGGUGUGCCUGGGGCAGGGGGAGUCGGUGGAGGGGGUGAGUGCCCAGGAUGUGCUGCUGAUCCACUCGUGUCGCCAAUGGACGACGGUGACGGCCCACAGCCUGGAGGAGGGUCACUACGUCAUCGGCCCCAAAAUCGACAUCCCACUGCAGUACCCAGGGAAGUUCAAGCUGCUGGACCAGGACCGGGACAUCCGUGAGCCCGUGCAAUAUUUCAAUAGCGUGGAAGAGGUGGCCAGCAUCUUCCCAGACCGCGUCUUUGUUAUGGAGGCCAUCACAUUCAGCGUGAAGGUGGUGUCGGGGGAGUUCAGCGAGGACAGCGAGGUGUACAACUUCACACUGCACGCGGGGGACGAGCUGACGCUGAUGGGGCAGGCAGAGAUCCUGUGCGCCAAGACGGUGAAGGAGAAGUCACGCCUCAACACCCUCCUGCGGAAGCUGGGCAAGGCAGCGCCGGCGGCAGGAGCCAGGCAGGUGAAGGGCAAAAUGCCCUGCCUGAUCUGCAUGAACCACCGCACCAACGAGAGCCUCAGCCUCCCCUUCCAGUGCAAGGGCCGCUUCAGCACCCGCAGCCCGCUGGAGCUGCGCCUGCAGGAGGGCGAGCACACCAUCCGCAGCAUCAUCGAGAAGGUCCGGCUGCCCGUCAAUGUGGCUGUGCCCAGCCGCCCGGCACGCAACCCUUACGACCUGCACGCCAUCCGCGAGGGACACUGCUACAAGCUGGUGGGCAUCAUCUCCAAGACGGUGGUGCUGUGCUGCAUCCUCCGGCGCGAACGCCUCGUGCCCUUCCACUUCUUGCUGCUGGCCGACAUGCCGCGCUUCCAGCUGCCCGAGGGGCUGCUUGGGGGGGACCCUCAGCUGGAGAAGCUGCUGCGGGACAGCGCAGCAUAUUGUCAUGAGCGCUUCAACCCCGAUGAGUAUUCGCGGGCCGUGCGGGAGGCCAAGCCGGAUUUCUCGGAGGAAUGUGCCAGCCCCCGGCGCCUGCGGCUCUGCCUGCCCAGCUGCGGCCGCGAGGAGCUCAGCCAACCCCUGCAGAGGCUCUCGCUCUGCUUCUAUGGUGGGGGGCUGCCCCGUGCACCCCCGGAUUCAGUCCCCCGCUGCCAGGAUCCCCCUGAUUUUACCGAGCCUGACAGGGAGUACGUGACACCCGACUGGGCUGAGCCUGAAUUCAGGACUCAGGAGCCACUGGAGAUCCCUUACGAAGAGCUCUGGAGCAACCAGGGCCUGGAGAACUGCUCUUCCUCACAGCCCGGCACUGCGGGGCGGCCAGAUCUCAUCACCUUUGGGACCACAUCCCCGCUGCGACGCACCAGAGAUGAGCCACUGGGGGAUGCACCACCCCCGGUGCCACCCAAGUCGGAGGCGGUGAAGGAGGAGUGCCGGCUGCUGAAUGCCCCCCCUGUGCCACCCCGGGGUGACCGCCCCACGGCCCCCCGCAGUCCCCCGGCCCCACUGCGCUUCCCGAAGCUGGCACCAGCUCCCUCGCCCAGCCCCAGCCUCUCCUACUAUUCCUCAGGGCUGCAGGAUGGGUCAGCCCCACGGAGUGGCAGCGGCUCGCCCUCACCUGAUGCUUACUCCCUCUAUUGCUACCCCUGUGCCUGGGGAGACUGCAAAGCUGGGGACCCCCCUGGCUGCCCGCUGCCCCCUGCUGCCCCACCAGCACCCACCGCCUGGUCUGAUCCCUGGACCUACACCGAGGCAGGGGCUGGGGGGAACAGCGGCUGCUCCACUCCACUGCCAGCAACUGAGCCACCUCUGAAGCCUUUCCGGAGCUGCCCCCGCCUCAAACCCCCUCAUCCCCAAAAACGCUUUGCACCCUUUGGGGCGCUCAACCCCUUUGCCGGUGCAACAGAGUGGCCCGAGAGCCCCGAGUGGCCCAAACCACCUUCAGCCCCAGCUGCGCCCUCCUCCUCCUCUUCACCAGAGCCCUUUGAGGUGCCGGAGCCUGUGGCCCCCCCACGGCCACCCAAGGGCUUCGAUGGGGACAGCAUCAUCAUCCGCGGCACGGCCCCGCUCUCUCCUGCCAUGCUGAGAGGCACCGAGGGUGGCGUCACCCACCUCUACCUGGCACAGGGCGUCAUCGAGGUGCCACCGGGGACAUGGGGUGAAGGGGGGGGCCCGCCGGCUGCCCCCAGACCCAGUGGGGAUGGUUCACCCUGGCUGCCCCCCGCUGACCUGUCAGCCCUGUCGGUGGAGGAGGUCUCCAAGUGCCUACGUUUCAUUGGUCUCUCAGAGGACGUUGUCAGCUUCUUUGCGCGGGAGCGCAUCGACGGCAGCAUUUUCGUGCAGCUCAGCGAAGAGAUCCUGGCUGAUGAUUUCCGCCUCACUAAGCUCCAGGUGAAGAAAAUUAUGCAGUUCAUCAAGGGCUGGCGCCCCAAAAUCUAGCCUGAUGAUGGGGUACCCACGGGUGCCCCAACCCAGCAGUGCCUCUCCCCGCUUUCAGCUGUGGGGUUUCCUUCUUCCUGAGCCUCUCCCUUUCCUGUUGUAACACUGGACGGUUCAUUUCGGCUCGAAAGGGCUGGAAAAUAUUGGGAGUUUGCAUUGACUGGUUUAACUUAAUCCUUGUGGAUUAGUGUAAUAAAACAUACGGGAGAAAACGA